AUGAAUCGGACUGCGGUAGAGCUCUUGUCGCCAGCCAUCACAAAUACCCAUGAUGCCUUGCAUCUACUUUCAGAGGCAGCCGGCAGGACCGAGGAUUUGAACCGUCAAAGCCUCGAAAAUCGUUUUAAUGCGAGGCGGUCAGUUUCGUCUUUUAAUUCCGGCCCUUCGCCGCUGGCACAUGGCAACUCUCCUGGGUCUUUUUCGCGGACCCCACGAUCCGGUCUAUCCUCGGGUGGUAACAAUGGUUACUUCCCGGGUGGCGGUGCUGGGUUAGCAGACCCCCAUACAUCGGAUCCCGCCGACCACCAGGAGGAGAGCUCCACAGAUACUCAAGAUCCCGGAUACAUCGAUGCGGUUCGAGCAUGGUCACGGUUACGCUUUGUUCGUGCCGGAUGGAUGACUGUAGAAGAAGGCAUGGAUUAUGUGGCUUACUAUUAUGAGAACCUUGCUCCAAUGAGUCCGGUGGUAACGCCGGACUACUCAGAGCCCUCGACACAUCGAACAUUACUCACGGAAGAGCCCGUACUAGCAGUUACCAUCCUCACAAUUUCAUCUCGGCACUUGAAACCACAGGGCGACGGAGCAAGCACUCGGGCAUUCUAUAUCCAUGACCGUCUCUGGUCCUAUCUUCGUGGCAUGAUUGAACGGUUAUUUUGGGGCCAGGAGAAGUUUGACGCUAACGGACCGGGCGUUCGUGGGCCUCGAGGUCUUGACUUGGCGCCAACAUCUGGACGACCGAACGCCAAGGGUAACCUGAGAGCACUGGGAACUGUAGAAGCGUUACUGAUCCUCACCGACUGGCACCCGCGUAACCUUCAUUUCCCACCUGGUGAUGAUGAGAACACCUUGUUAGAUACAGAGGCUCAGUCAUACGGCCGUGACAAGGACUUGGACAAUGAUGGCGACCAUGCCAAGGGACCAGCUACCUCUCCGGAAGGACGUCUUGCUUUUCAAAAAUGGUUGGAACCUGCAUGGCGGUCAGAUCGGAUGUCUUGGAUGCUGCUUAGCACCGCUCAAGCCUUGGCUUUUGAACUUGGUGUUUUUGAUCACAAGAGUGAAACAAAAGCGGCCCCAGAAACACCAGCAGAACAUUCGCGGAAGCUCCGAUUGCGGCGGCUGAUCCUGGUUUUCAUCACCCACAGCAGUGGGCGCCUUGGGAUUCCUUCCAUGCUUCCACUGCCCGAGUGGGGACAAGACCCUGCUUCAACAACUGCUGAUAUGAAAGAGGGUGAUUCAGAUCUGGAUCGGAUGCAGGAUUGUUGGAUGGGAAUCUCCAAGAUUGUGUAUCAAGCCAACCACCAACUUUUUGCUUCAACCGAGCAGACAUCAGAAUUGAUCCGGACUGGGAGAUACCGGGAACGAAUCGAUUGGUUCCAACCUCAACUACGAGAGUUCCGACACCAUCUGGAUCGUGUUAACAUGUCUCCGGCCAUGCGAAGUGUUUUGAUUAUUGAAUAUGAGUAUACACGGCUCUAUGUCAAUUCAUUGGCUUUGCAAGCGGUCGUCGAUCGCUGGACUACUAUGUCCAACGAGUCCGGCCAAACCCAGCCUGCUCGGCCAGGAAUGGGAUCGUCUGCUGGUAGCACUGGCUGGUUCCGGACCUUGAUGGAGCAAUAUCGCGUCAAUGAGCAAUACAUCCAGGAAGUCGUAGACGCCUCACGUCGGAUUCUACAGACUGUUCUGGAAGGGCUGGUCCCCGGCGGUCGCCUCAAGCAUGCUCCUAUUCGGACUUUUUUCCGCAUCCUGUCCGGCAUGAUAUUCAUUUUAAAAACUUUCACAUUGGGUGCACGGGAAGACGAUGUACGAGUCUCCUUGGAUCUCCAGGACCGGACAGUCGAGGCACUGCGAACAUAUGUCGUCGAUGAUGUUCACAUUAGUAACACUGUUGCUCGGUUGCUGGAGCUUCUGACCAGUAGCAUUCGUACACGCUUCUUGCGAUUUGCGCCGCAUGAUCGCGGAGGAGAUGGCGACGCACACGACCGCGGCUCAGCGCCGGUUUCACGAGCUCAUUCUCCACCGCGCGAGGCCGUAUCGGGUCGCCGUGACGGCCCGCAAACCCCUUGGUCAUCAUCCCACGGCCAAGAUGCAACUCCGAGCGGAAGUGGAUUGGGAUAUGUGGAUAGUAACGGCGCCAGCGGACAUCCGAUCGGAUCGGGUCAUGAUCCAUUGGCCAAUAUCCCUUCGCAGUCCAUUAACUCUUCCAGCUUGAACGUGUCAUUCAUGCCGCCUCCGCCAUCCGUGUACUACAAUUACUACGAUUCUAACUCGACGAUGCCUACCAACGAUAUCAAUUCACCAAACCAUGCCGUUCCAUCGCAGGCUGUUGGGGACACAAACGGAGCGACGAGUACGUCCGGCACGCUAGAUUGGUUUGCCCUGCCCCUGGACCAAUUCUUCAACAGUUCCACUGGUGUUGUUGAUCAAGGUUUGGGUGGGACUGGACCAAUGCUAGGCGAGUUCGAUAUGCUAGAAGUGCUCCUCAAUGAGGGCUAUGACGGCGGAAAUGCCAACGGUGAGGGCGAGUCUGGGGGUGGGGCGCUUGCGUCUCAGUUUUUGCCUUGA